AAUGGGAAGAGAGACUGAAGCCUCUCCCCGCAGCCCAACAGGGGGAGUCGGGAGCGCCGUCUUUCCUUUCUUCGCUCCCGCCCGGAAAUGGCUGCUCCUUCAGCCCCCUCCCCGCUUCCCGCGGCGUCUCCUGCCGCGGCGCCUUAGAGACCGGGCUUGGCCUUAGGAGGAGGAGGAGGACGCCUGUGUGGGCGCUGUGCAGGACGGAGGAGCGCACCUCUCAAGCGGGGAGGGAGAAGGAUGGAAAACGUCCGCCCGGUGAGGCAGGCAGAGGGGCGGAGACGCUCCCCGCGGAGGCAGCGCCGCCUCAGGCUUUGUCGUUUUCCUGAAGGCGGGGAAGGGUGGGUGCGUGCUGAUCAGGCCGCCCUUCUGCUUGGGAUAGAAUCAAAUUUUAGUUUUGUGUAUUUUAUAACUUAAAUGUUGGAGGUGGGCAGGCAUCCUAAAAGCCUCAUAAAUCUGUUGGUCUCUGAGUUUCUGCAAGACCCUUUCUAUUUUUACUGGAGCAAACGGAACAGCCCAGCUCUCCUGGCACUUGUCUUCAUAUGCAUUUUUCCAAGUAACCUUCACGAAGGUUUUGCUCUCCAGCGCGAUCUACUUCAGUGUGAACUCUUGCACGCUUCUGGGAGUAUUUGCUUAUGCUGGUUGCUUUUUCUCAUCUCUCUAUCAGUGGUAACGCUUGUGCUUUCCACGUGGGGGUUAUUUUCCAAAUUUGAGAAUGAAGUGGAAGUUCCCAGGCUGAGAUCGGGGGCUUUGUCAUCGCAAUACGUGAAUAUUUGAAUCCAACUUGAGGGUCGAGUUGCACAUUAAUAGCUUCUCCAUGGAGGAUUAUGCCCAUUGGUUCAUGUGGUUGCUGUCACAUUAUGGCGAGCUGUUCAUGUGCAAGAGGAGUAGUAGUUUUUAAAUGUCACUGCAAACACAGCUACUUUAUACACAAGCAUCAUCACUCCUCCCAGGAACUGGGAGCAAAGCUGAUGUGGGAAGUGAAUCAAUCCAAGUGAUUAAGUCAGUGGCGCCCUUGCUAGGAAUGAGGGCUUCCAAUGCUGCCUUAGUUGCGUGUGAAGUGAGGGGCAGUGUCUGAGGGUUGCAGCAGCCUCUGUGUUGCUUAGGAAACUCCUGGUGAAUCCGGACAAAAAGCCCCCCCGUGCUCAGUGGCUCCCUCACAGUAGUUACAGCGAAACGCUCGCAGCCUCCUCCCAGAACAACAGAAAAAACGAGCGAAGGGGAGGAGCUGAGACGGCCUCUUAUGCAGCUUCUCCCUCGCUUCUAUUGGACGGCCACUAUCACGUGCCAGGGGAACAAAAUGGCAGGCGCCCCCCCCCCCCGUACCUGUCGGUGGGGUUGGGUGUGCAACUUUAACACCCACCCACCCCGCUUUAUCACGAAGUGUAGAGCGGUUAGACUGCGGCCUUAAUGUCUACCUUUAUCUGUUAGUACUGCUGAGUAGCAGUUGCUAAAACAGUAAAAGAUGCGUGCAGUUAGCAGUGCAAUUCCUGUUAGCAGUGCUAGGAGCCUUACUGUAAACUCCUUUAGUUUGAGUUGUACUUGUCCUGCCAGAAUACUUUGAGGAUUCAGUUGCUUAUUUAUAAAUCUGUGCUAGUACAUUCAGUGCAGUGUAGUGGAGUCCUGUCAUUUCAGUAUAAAAAUAAAGUUUCAUUUCUGAAUAAAGAGAAUUUUUAUAGCCAAAGUUCAGAGAUGAGACUUAAGUCCAGUUCUGCUAUAGUUAUUCCUACAAGUCUCCUGACAUGAACACUGAGUAUUAUUAUUUUUAUGCGGUGUGGUAAGGGGGAUGGGUUUGAAAUAGCAGGUGGCAUUAAGGAUCUGAUCCUGUGACAAAUCAGUAACACAACUGUGGAGUUUAAUGAAAGCAUCAGACCUUGAAUCAGGUGGGGCAAAGGUUCACUUCCAGCUAAUCCUGGGUAUUGGAAGUUUAUUUUUAGUACAGAAUUAACACAGAUCAUUGUAGGUAUAGGGGAUUGGUUUAUGUCACACGGAGUCAGACUUUAAAUGACAUGGGGAAGAAGCAAGUGUGCCCACCCCGUGUCCUUCCACCAGUACCAAGAGCAACUUGGUUCUUUGGAACUAGACAAUAGCAUUGUUCAAGCAGCUGUCCGCCAGCCAUCUGAAAGCAGCGAGCCUCUGACACCUGAGGUACAGGAUGUACCACCUCAGAGGAAGCGAAAGAAAAAAAGAGUGCCUCCAGAAUCUGAGACCUCAUUCACUGAACAGAAUGGAAAUGGUGUGGAACCUCAACCAACUGAAGAAACUGUGAUUCGUAAACAACGAAAAAGAGUAAACUUCUUUGUACUAGUGCAGCAGUGUUACACCCAUCUGGAUGUAGGCUUUUGUGAGUCCUUUUGCUUUGUCUCUUCCUCACAACUCGGUACUAACAAGGUUUACGUUUCAUUCAUUUCAAAAGGACUUAAUUUCAAGAAAUCUCGGCCAGCGGAAAGUACCAAUGAACUAGGUGUAGAAGAAGAAGAUAUAAUUGAAGAUGAAGAAGUAAAAAGUUCAGAACAUCCUGUGUUUUCUGUUCCAGCUGGCAUUAGCCAACCUAUUAGCAAAGUGUUUGUUGAAAAGAAUCGGCGUUUUCAGGCAGCUGACCGCAGUGAUUUGAUUAAAACCACAGAAAACAUUGAUGUAUUUAUGGCUAUAAAGGCUUCUUGGACCACCAGGGAUGUGGCACUCUCAGUCCACCGUGGUUUUAGGGUGAUUGGACUUUUUACUCAUGGCUUCCUUGCUGGCUAUGCUGUCUGGAAUAUCAUAGUGAUUUAUGUUCUGGCAGGAAACCAGCUGUCAACUGUCUCAAACUUGCUUCAGCAAUACAAGACUUUGGCAUAUCCUGCUCAGUGUCUCCUUUACCUUCUUCUUACAAUUAGCACUGUUUCUGCUUUUGACAGGACUGAUUUGGCUAAAGCAUCUGUAGCAAUACGAGGCUUCCUUACCCUGGACCCAGCAGCGAUUGCUUCAUUCAUGUACUUUGCUGCCCUUGUCUUGUCUCUGAGCCAGCAAAUGACAAGUGACAGAAUUAACCUCUACACACCACCUUCGGAGAAUGGCAGCCUUUGGACCUCAGGUGCAGAAGAACAGAUUCUUCAGCCCUGGAUUGUGGUGAAUCUAGUGAUUGCUCUCCUUGUUGGGAUCUCCUGGCUCUUCUUAUCCUACAGUCCCCAGUUAGAUCACAGUGAAGAACUGAUGUUUAAUUCUGAAGUGGAAGAAUAUCCUCCAUCAGAUAAAGAAGCAAAAGUAUCUUCAUAACAUAUGGAACAUCUUCAAAAUGGUUGUGAUGGCUUAGCUUUAUAUAUUUGAACUUGUAUAUAAUACUUUUUAUUUAAAAUGUAUUUUUACAUUGUAUGCUUAUUUUGCAUAAAUAUUAUAAUUAUGCUAUUUUUAAAUUUUCUAUAUUUUUUAAUAGUAGGACAGUGUAAAAGUGUAUUCCUUAUGAAUUAUCAGAAAUAAUGACUAGUUUUUGUAAAAUUGCUACCAAUAUAUCAAAGGAAGAAGAUAGAUGAAAUAGGAAAGUCAAAAGAGCAGGAAAGCAUCUUCUGAAGCAUAUAUUCUUCAUACUUAAAAAGCCUGCAUUUUGGUAUUUGUGUUUUGCUAAUGUCCUUGCAAGUGAACUGAGGGCCAACCUGCAUUGCAAGCAUGAUUUGAUUGUAUUUAUUUUUAGUGGUGGUGGUGGUCAGGAUUGGGACCACAGCAUGAAACAUCCACAAACUUUUCAUUAACCCAGGCUGGGUGGCUUCUGUUGACACCAAAUGGAAGCAUUUCUUCUGGGCCUAAUAGUAACUUUGGGGCACAAUUUUUUUUUGUGAUCCCUCCCCACUCCCCUGAGCAGCAGCUGCUUUUUACACUUUAAAAAAUAAACACACAGGACCAAACUAUACAUUUAUCAUAAUGUGUAAGUCUGUCCUUCAGUCUAUUGGCCAUCAAAGAACAUUGUAGAACUAAUUAUUCAUUUCUGUUCAAAAUAUCACAAUAGUGUUAGUGCCAAUUUUUCUUGAAAUAAUUAAAUCUGGAUUUAGAGGAUGACUUUAAACAAUGUGAGUGUCAGAAACACAAAUAACUCUUAUUUAAAAGUCAGUAAAACAUCUCUGUAGAACCAUGCUCUGUAAUCCUGGCAUAAGGUUCAUAAAUCCUUUUAAACGGGGAAAAUCAAUUUAUACUUCAGUCCUUAAUACACUGCUUGGGAUUAAGUAUUAUAGGUUUUGGUGGAAUGUACAAGUGAAUUGUUUCAGAUCAUGGCCAUAUUCUGGUUAAAUAAGUAUACUCUGAUUUAAUGUGUUGAGUGGGUUCCCCCGUGAUUCAGUGCACUUAUACAAAGCAUUUUCUAAAAAUUAAGAACUAGUUAUAGUAAGUUGUAAAAGUAAUUAAAUGCUAAGCAGAACUGGGAACUUCUUUUGAAAUGCUUAUGCUUCCUUAAUGGUACCAUACAAAUUGUCAAUGAUUUUUUUGAAACUAAAACUGGCUUUAAAAAUAAGCGUGAUUUAUCUCUCAUACAACACUGUAUAAUUUAAACUUUUCUGAAAAUAAAUAUUUCACUAUUUUGCUUAA